UAAGACUGUGUUAACAAUUAAUGAUGAAUUCCAUUGGCUUAAAUUUGAUAAUAUUGAACCUUGUUAAUGUCGUGGAUUUGUUGAAUAAUGAUGACAUAUUUAAAGUUAUGUUCAACCGAACAGAUUUACUAUGUCCCGUGUUCUGUAAUGGAUAUCGUCUGGUCAGUUGUUGUAUGUGUAAUGUACAAAAAACACGAGAAAAACUACAGACAUUAAAUGUUGUGCACAAUGCCAAAACGGAAUAUCCUACAAUAGAAAAACCAAAUGUGUUGAACAUUCAGUACCAGAUAAUACACAUAUUUAAAAAGACGAAGAGGCUUCCAGUUAACAUAUGCAAUUUUACAGGACUUGUUGAAAUAAACUUUUCUAACAAUGAGAUAAAAAGUAUUGAUAUUUCUUGUGUUAAAAGUUUAGAUGUUCUGAUCAUGCGUAGAAACAGAAUAGAAUACUUGAGAAACGAUACCUUUUUCGGAAUGAAGUUUUUACGCAUGAUUGACCUUUCAUACAAUAAUCUAAGACAUAUAGAACCAGGAAUUCUAAUACAUACGGCUGGAAGUCUUCUUAACUUUGAUGUAUCUAAUAAUUUUUUAACAACAGUAGAUGUCACUAAUUUUUUGUGGGAAAAACAACCAGCUUUCUGCAAAACAGAUUUUUCUUUUAAUGAGAUAUCAAGUAUAAGCAAUGAACUACAUUGGACAUGCAAAAGGAAUACACAAUUUGGAUAUGGAGGAAUGAUUAUUUUUUCAAACAAUAAUUUUUCACAUUUUGCAAAUUUUUCUGAGAUAGGAUUUAAAAAUUUCUUUUUGUUAGGAAAACUUCUAGAUUAUGGAUUUGAUUUUCGAGAAAACAAUUGGAUAUGUGAUUGUCGGAUUUAUUUCUUUGCAUUUAAAGCCUCCCUGGUUUUAGAUAAGCAGCAUAGAGAUUAUUUUGAGUUGUCUUGUCACUAUCCUCCAGAAUUCAAAAACAUGCUUUUAAUUGAUUUUAUAAAAAGUCAAACUCUAGAACGUUUAGUCUGUAAUCUUACAAUUGCCGACAGAUGUCCACCACAAUGUCGCUGCUUUUACCAGCCUGGUAGAUCAAGAACUGUAGUAGACUGUUUCGGAACCGGAAGAAGAAAAUUACCCUCUGCGUUGCCAUUGAAAACUGACCUAGAGGUAGAUUUUUCAAGUAAAGAAAUAUCAAGUUUGCUCAACGAUACGGGUAGUGGAAACAUGAUAUAUUCUUAUAGCAAAUACAUUAGUAAACUGGAUUUAUCAAACAAUACAAUCAAAAUAAUCCCGAACGAUCUUGUUUUUAAAUUACGAAACAUGAAUUUGAUUAAUGUAUCAAAAAACAAAAUAACGAAAAUUCCACGUACUUUGCAAACUCUAAACCCUUGUCAGAUAUAUUUAGGAGAAGUCGUGAUUCUUUGUAAAUGCAAAGACAUUUGGCUUCAAAAUUGGUUGCCGUCAUUUCAUAGCAAAUGUUUUGAUAACACGAGAGUAUAUUGCAAGUACAAUAAUGAAAAAGUUCACAUAUUAAAUAUGUCUAAACAUGGACUUGGAUGUAGACUUUACAAUGAAGAUAUUUUAUGGUUGAACAUUUCACUGGCCGUGACGGCGUUUAUUGUGACAGUUUCGUCGGUUUUAAUAUAUAUCUUCCGUUUUGAGAUUUUCAUAACAGUAAGAAAAAUCCUAAAGUACUUCAAGAAAAUAGUCGUUUCAUCAAAUUUAUAUGCAUAUGACGUGUAUAUAUCUUGUAAUGAAGAUGACGCUACUUUACGACAUUGGUUGACGUCAUCAUUUGUCCCUCUUCUUGAAGACGAAAACCUCCGAGUAUUUUUGCCUUUCAGAGAUUGUGAAUAAGGAAGUCCGCGUGAAGAGGAAAUUAUUGAUGUUAUGUCAAAGAGUCUUAAUUUUGUAAUUUUUCUGUGCGAGAAUUACGAAGGCUCAGCAGACAUAUGGGUUCAGAAAGAAUGGAAAUAU